UAACUAAAAAACCCAACCAAAUUAUUUUCCGUAUAAAUUUAUUUCCUAAAUUUAAUUCCGUUUUAACGUUUCUCAUUGUCGUAUAAUUGUUUUUGUCGGUUGCUAAAGAUAUUUUCACUGCUUCCGAAAAAAAAAUCAUUUCGUCUGUGAAAGCGAAAAACCAAAGAAACGAGAAGAAGAAGAAGAAGCUAUGGCGGAUCAGCUAACUGAUGAACAGAUCUCUGAGUUUAAGGAAGCUUUUAGCCUCUUCGACAAAGAUGGAGAUGGUUGUAUCACCACAAAGGAGCUGGGAACAGUGAUGCGGUCACUAGGGCAGAACCCAACUGAAGCUGAGCUACAAGACAUGAUCAACGAGGUUGACGCUGAUGGAAACGGCACCAUUGACUUCCCUGAGUUCCUAAACCUAAUGGCUAAGAAGAUGAAGGACACAGACUCAGAGGAAGAGCUGAAAGAAGCCUUCAGGGUGUUUGACAAAGACCAGAACGGGUUUAUAUCCGCUGCAGAGCUGCGCCAUGUGAUGACUAAUUUAGGUGAGAAACUGACUGAUGAAGAGGUCGAGGAGAUGAUCCGUGAAGCAGAUGUUGAUGGAGAUGGUCAGAUAAACUACGAGGAGUUUGUCAAGAUUAUGAUGGCUAAGUGAUGAUAAGAAGAAAAUGAAGAAUAAAAGUGGUGAUGUGAUGACCUUUUAGGCUUUUACUAUCUACAAAAAAGAUUCGACCUUUUAGUGUCUUGGGUUUGAUUUGAGGUCAAGUAGUUUCUUAAGGUUUUAACAGACUGAAUUUGUGACUAUCUUUUCUAUUUUGUGGGGUUUUUUUUCUUGUUGGCAUAAUGGCAUGUUUAGAUUUUGGUAACUACUGUUGUCGCAAAGCUUUUAUUAUGAAAAAAGUUACUUCACAAGCCCGAAAAGGCUUGAUA